AUGGUAAGACGUUUCAGCUGUGCGGUCGACGUUAACGUGAACCCUGCUACUGAUGUAAAAACGGUUCAGGCAGAAGUGACGACAUUACUCAGUUUGACUUUCUCUCACAACUUCCUCACUAUCACAGUUUUCACCAGCAGCAUCGUCAUACUUCCUGUGGAAGUUCUUCCAAGAACAACAGAACCUCCAACAACCAACAGCACCAAUUUGUUUCCACCAAAAACAACUCCUGCUGACGCAUCAACGACCAAGAAACCAGAUCUCACUUUAGCUGUCGUCGAUUCAGAUCAAUUCUUCAGAGUUAAUUUGACUUUAAGUAUGACAGGGAGCCCUGCAAGUCCAAGUAUUGUCAUUGAGAGAUGGUUGAAAGAAGAGCUUCAGGUGAACAGGACAAUGAUUGUCCUGAAUGUCAUCAUAAAAGAAAAUGUCGACAGUAAGUUAGACAUUGAAACGGACACGACCCACUGGGCUGAUCCUGAUAUGACAAACUGCCACCAGCUUUUAACAAUAUCAGACCUCAUCAACAUCACCGUCACCCCUGGUAAUGCAGCUGAGGUUGUGGACAUGAUCCAGGAGCUGGUAGAUGUUCAAUUAGGGAACAGUUCCCAGCUGUCUCAUUCCGAGCUGGGAUCAGUGGUGGAGAAGCUCAGUGAAGUGGUUGAUGUAAGCCCCAUCGAGCCCGACAUUGGAGGGGAUAUUGUUAAUAUCGUGGCCAAUAUCCUGCUCUCUGAAACCGAUGUCACACCAGUGGCUAACAGUGUUCUUGAUCUGACGGACCGGAUGGGGAACAGCAUGGAGUUCCAGGGUGAAAUUGCAAAUAUAAAAGCUCCAGCCCUCGCCCUUUCCAUGAUUGAUGUCGAUCCAGAUGAAUUCAGUGGCCUCACCUUUGGAGUUUCUCUAACAGCCACAAUGAACCCCGAGGUUUUUGUCAACCAGAGUUUUGUGAACAAACCAUUCCCUGAGACAAACGCCACCAUCUCUCUGCCCCCUGAACUCAAUCACUUUUUACCCACUGGAGAAAAAAACACCACACGAGUCCAGUUUCAGUUUUAUGGAACUCCUGACCUUUUUCAGGACUCAUUUAUAGUCAAUGCAACACAAAGGAACUGGACAUUAAACUCUUGUAUAGUCUCUGCCAGCAUCAACAACAGCCAAGUCAUCAACCUGGAGAAACGAGUGGUGGUGACCCUCAACCAUGCAAAUCCCAAACAGCCAGAAGACAAGGUCCAGUGCAUGUUUUGGGAUUUCCAGAAGUAUGGAUGUAUCACGGACUUCUAUCAGUAA